GAGCGGUGCGUGGUGGGGAUUGCUCGCCUGAAGCCAAGGGAAGUUCCCUGCUCUUCCAGACGGGGUUAUAAAGCGGGGCGGCGGAGCCCAGGCUCACAGCUCCAGAGCCUGACGCCCCUUGCAUAAGUGAAGUCAACCUCGGCUUGUGUGUGUGUGUGUGUCCGAGUGCCGCUGAACCAUGGCUGGAGACAGAUGCGACCCAGCCGCUACAAUUACUCUUGCAUUGAUGCUCGCCACAGGAUCCGCCUUCAAUUUGGAGUUAAACCCGUCUAGAAACGUGUGGGCUCGUAUCGGGGACUCGCUGGAGUUGAACUGUGAGGCGAAGAACUGCUCGUCUCCGACCUUCACGUGGAGAAUCGGGACCGAUAACCCCCUGGGCGGAACAAUCACAACUCGGGGCUCGGUGUCCACAUUCACCAUCUCCGCGGUUACUACUCAGAACCAACACAAGUACACUUGUUCCGCAAAAUGCGGCACAGAAGAAAAAACGAACAUAUGCCAACCUCAAUAUAUUCUAGAGCAGUUUUCCUUCUGUUUUCUCUGUGUUGCAGCUCUGUCCGACACACUCAUCGUGGAGACUGUGGGCAGUCUGGAAGUUGGCCAGAGAGGCUCAGUGAGAUGUACGGUCCCCAAAGUCUACCCCGCUCAAGUGGAGGUGGAGUGGCUGAAAGGAACAACAUUGGUGAAGACCGACAGCUUCCGUGACUACACAGAGGAAGAAACGGCGAUGAACUUCAUCUACGAACUGACGCCUGAAUUGCGAGACUCGGGACAAGAGCUGACAUGCCGAGUGCAAUUACUCACGGAGAACCAACCACGCAAGGCCGAGGGGUCGCUAACGUUACAGGUUCACUAUGCUCCCACGGGGAUUGACAUUACUGCAGAGCCCUCUGCCACAGUGAGAGAGGGUCAGGAUGUUCGGCUAACCUGUGCUGCAGACAGCAGCCCCGCUGCCACGAUAGUGUGGAGCAAGUUAUCCGCCGGCAACUGGUCAGUCGUGGCCGAGGACCGAGCGAUUCUGCACCUGUCACCGGCCCUGUUCGGGGACACGGGAAUGUACCGCUGUGAAGCCGGCAAUAAACUGGGGACAAUCACCAAGGAGGUGGAAUUCCACGUUCAAGGUAGCCCCAGGGACACGACUCUCUCCAUCACCCCCUCUGCUGUGAAGGGAGGAGACAGGGUCACGUUCAGCUGCACAACCCAGUCCAACCGCCCUGCCCAUCUUGUACUGAGGAGGCAGUCAGCGAGCGGAUGGAGCGAGCUAGACUAUGCGAAUGGGACAUUGACAAUCCGUGAUGUCAAGCCAGCUGAUGCAGGGCUGUAUCAAUGUGAGGCCAUUAAUGCUCUGGGGAAGCAGAUCAACAUCACCAAACUCCAGGUUCAAGGUAGCCCCAGGGACACCACUCUCUCCGAUGUGAAGGAAGGAGACAGGGUCACAUUCAACUGCACAACCCAGCAGAUCAACAGCAACAAACUCCAGGUUCAAUGUUCAAUAUCGGAUGGUGCCGCGAUGGCAGCUUCGCCAACAGUCUCCCCUUUUGUCUUUUUUUUGUUAUUUCUAUUAUUAUUUAAAAAUUUGUGUAAACUUGAGCUGACAAGUCAUGGUGAUUAUUAUAUAUGGCGAGAAAAGGUCACCAUUGGCUGCACCAUUCAUAACAUCCCCUCAGCCAAUUUCACCUGGAAGAAAGUAGUGAACAACAGUGAAAAUGUGCUGUCCUUCAGUAACAACAGCUUUACAAUCCUUGAAAAAUACACCAGUUUCCGGUCGACAGUCGGCGACAGUGAGCUUGAUGCCAAUGAGCUUAGCUUGACGUCUCCUGACGUAGGUGUUGUCCAAGGAUCCGCCUUCAAUUUGGAGUUAAACCCGUCUAGAAACGUGUGGGCUCGUAUCGGGGACUCGCUGGAGUUGAACUGUGAGGCGAAGAGCUGCUCGUCUCCGACCUUCACGUGGAGAAUCGGGACCGAUAACCCCCUGGGCGGAACAAUCACAACUCGGGGCUCGGUGUCCAAGUUCACCAUCUCCGCGGUUACUACGCAGAACCAACACAAGUACACUUGUUCCGCAAAAUGCGGCACAGAAGAAAAAAGAAAAUAUGCCAACCUCAAUAUAUUCUCUCUGUCCGACACACUCAUCGUGGAGACUGUGGGCAGCCUGGAAGUUGGUCAGAGAGGCUCCGUGAGAUGUACGGUCCCCAAAGUCUACCCCGCUCAAGUGGAGGUGGAGUGGCUGAAAGGAACAACAUUGCUGAAGACCGACAGCUUCCGUGACUACACAGAGGAAGAAACGGCGAUGAACUUCACCUACGAACUGACGGCUGAAUUGCGAGACUCGGGACAAGAGCUGACAUGCCGAGUGCAAUUACUCACGGAGAACCAACCACGCAAGGCCGAGGGGUCGCUAACGUUACAGGUUCACUAUGCUCCCACGGGGAUUGACAUUACUGCAGAGCCCUCUGCCACAGUGAGAGAGGGUCAGGAUGUUCGGCUAACCUGUGCUGCAGACAGCAGCCCCGCUGCCACGAUAGUGUGGAGCAAGUUAUCUGCCGGCAACUGGUCAGUCGUGGCCGAGGACCGAGCGAUUCUGCACCUGUCACCGGCCCUGUUCGGGGACACGGGAAUGUACCGCUGUGAAGCCGGCAAUAAACUGGGGACAAUCACCAAGGAGGUGGAAUUCCACGUUCAAGGUAGCCCCAGGGACACCACUCUCUCCAUCACCCCCUCUGCUGUGAAGGAAGGAGACAGGGUCACGUUCAGCUGCACAACCCAGUCCAACCCCUCUGCCCACCUUGUACUGAAGAGGCAGUCAUCGAGCGGAUGGAGCGAGCUAGACUCUGAGAAUGGGACAUUGACAAUCCGUGAUGUCCAGCCAGCUGAUGCAGGGCUGUAUCAAUGUGAGGCCACUAAUGCUCUGGGGAAGCAGAUCAACAUCACCAAACUCCAGGUUCAAGGUAGCCCCAGGGACACCACUCUCUCCAUCACCCCCUCUGCUGUGAAGGAAGGAGACAGGGUCACGUUCAGCUGCACAACCCAGUCCAACCCCCCUGCCCACCUUGUACUGAGGAGGCAGUCAUCGAGCGGAUGGAGCAAGCUAGACUCUGAGAAUGGGACAUUGACAAUCCGUGAUGUCCAGCCAGCUGAUGCAGGGCUGUAUCAAUGUGAGGCCACUAAUGCUCUGGGGAAGCAGAUCAACAUCACCAAACUCCAGGUUCAAGAAAAAAUACCUGAUAUCGCAACUCCUGCCGAGAAUCCUGCGGGUGUUCUGGAAGCAGUGUGUAUAGGAGCCGCACUUGUAUCAGCAGGACUGAUAUGUUCUGCUCUGUUUUAUGCCUUUCGCAGAAGCAACUUGAUAAAAUCUUACAAAAUAGCAGGAGAGAUACUGUGAAGUGUAAACAAAGGAUCGAAGUAAUGGACAUUCACACUUCUAGCACCGAUCAAUCUCUGGGACUGUGCUGCUAGGGGCAGGGAGUUGGGAAAUAAAGGUGUUGGGUUAUAACACGAUUCAACACAUUACCAACAGCUGCUAUCUAAAAAGUGUACAGUAGACAAACUUAGGGCACUUUACUCUGUAAUUUGAAUGUGUUGGCGUUCUGCAAGGAAUAGUACCUAGCUAAGGAAAUAGUGCACAAACAAUUCACUUCAAAAAGUUCUCUGGCCUAAACAAAUCCAUUUUUGAUAUCUCUCUCCCAUGUGCCAGGAACAAUUCAAACUAUUAGCAUUCUUCAGUGAAACAGAUCUAGUUUUUUCAGAUGCAAAAUGGUGCUGGACUUGAUCCCAUCCUUCCCCUGUGGGUAAUGGGAGGCAAUAUGUGAGCCAGGAGCAAGGCACUUUACACUUACUGUUCUGCGUUCUUCCCAGUACAUUUGAACCACUUUUGCAGUGCAUUCCCUACACAUUGAACUGGGACAUCUUCCAUUGUGGCUGAAUCUCGGAACUGUGUGCUGGUUUAGGUACUGAACUCUCAGCUGAGGACCAUUGGUUGGUGACUCCGUUUUCUGAAGCUGGAACCGGAAAUCCAAACCAAAUGAAUUGUACUCAUUGAACUAAACUAUUGUUAAACUCAAUUUGCAUUACUGUCCACACAUGUUAUUUCAAUAAUUUUUCCUGCAAUAAUGUAGACUAAACAAAUUCAUUAAAAUAGUAUUUAUUUUUUGACUGAAUACACCUCUCAAAUUAAGUAAUUUAAAAUAUUAGCAAAGAUUUUUCACAAUUAGAAUUUUACUAUUGUAAAUAAAGUUCAGUUCCAGUACAUUUUGCAAUGCUGUCAGUCCAGGAAAGAUUGCAUGUCUAGAAUGAAUGAUUUGGCUGGUUCUAAAAGCGAGUGAAUAUCUGAGAACUUGUGUGGACACUUGUACUACUGAUUAUGUUGACUAAUGUUGCGGGUUUUAAUAAACUGUAUAAUUAUCUGAGCUCUUUCUCAUGAUAGUCUGUGAUUCCUGAUGGUCUGAGAUUUAAAUAUA